AUGACCGGAAAAAGACCCCUCGACGGUUGGAGAGUCCUCCAUAAGUUCUGCGUGUUGAUGGUUUUAGUUCUACUCGCGAACUUAUGUACUCGACACCUGGUGUUUGACCGGUUUUACGCGACCAUUCUCCCUCGACCUACUCCCAAAUUCUUCGAGCAUCCGUCUCUCGCCAACGGCACCGAAUGGGACAAUCUGAAUCAGAACAUUAACCGCUAUGUCGAGAUCACUCCAUCCCAAUGGGCCGUUCAAAGCAGUUGGCCGAGGGAGAAUAUCCUGCGGCAGGGGCUGAGUUUGUUUCUCAUUGCAUGGGGCUUUGGAACCGUUCUAUACUUCAUCAGCGCAACCCUAUCAUUCUACCUCGUAUACGACAAACGCGCCAUGAAGCACCCGAAGUUCCUCCGCAACCAGAUCCGUCUCGAGAUCAAACAAGCCAUGCUAUCGAUGCCCGGCAUGGCCGUCCUGACCGCGCUGUGCUUCGUGGCCGAGGUGCGAGGGUACACCAAACUCUAUGACUUCCCCGAGGAAGGUCCCUUUGCGCUCUAUACCUAUCUGCAGUACCCGCUUUUCAUCGCCUUCACGGACUGCGGUAUCUACUUUAUCCACCGCGGCCUGCAUCACCCGUGGGUUUACAAGCACCUGCACAAGGCGCAUCACAAAUGGAUCGUGUCGACGCCGUUCGCCAGCUAUGCCUUUCACCCGGUGGAUGGGUUCAGUCAGAGUUUCCCGUAUCAUCUGUACCCCUUCAUGUUUCCCCUUCAGAAGGUUGCCUACUUAGCCUUGUUUGUCUUUGUGACGAUUUGGACCGUCAUGAUUCAUGACGGAGAGUAUGCCUUGAACUCGCCGGUGGUCAAUGGGUCCGCGUGCCAUACCAUCCACCAUUAUUACUUCAACUACAACUACGGCCAGUUCACCACCCUGUGGGAUCGCCUCGGCGGAUACCGGAAGCCGAACCCCGAACUCUUUGACCGCGAGGAACGGCUGAAGAAGGACCAGAUCGAAAAACAGAUCCAGGAAAUGGAAAGACUCGUCAAGGAAGUCGAAGGCGAAGACGACCGCUGCUACGAAAUGGAAGCCAAGAAGACCCGAACACGUGAAGAAACCGGCAUGGCGCGCCUCACGCUCACUGACCCCGACGCGCAAGUCCGUCGCUGGCUAGCCGACGAGGUCAAAAAGCUAGACUGCACUCUCGUCGUCGAUCAGAUGGGCAACAUGUUUGCGCGACGGACAGGUCGACGUCGUUCGCAGGCUCCGAUGACGGCCAUGGGCAGUCAUUUGGAUACUCAGCCCCGAGGAGGUCGGUAUGAUGGGAUCUUGGGUGUGAUAGCUGCGUUGGAGGUUUUGAGGACGAUGAAUGAGAGUGGGUAUGAUACGGAGUUUGAUGUUGGGUUGGUCAAUUGGACGAACGAAGAAGGCGCCCGAUUUCCUAAGUCCAUGUGCUCCUCUGGCGUCUGGGCCGGCGGCAUCCCCAUUCAAGCGGCCUGGGAUCUGCGCGACAUUCACAACCCGGCCGUGGCGCUGCGGUCCGAACUGGAGCGAACCGGCUGGCUUGGGGACGCGGCCUGCUCGCCGACUGGCGUGCCGCUAGGAGCGCACUUUGAGCUGCACAUCGAACAGGGUCCGAUUCUGCUCGAGACCGGGCGCUCGCUAGGCGUCGUCCAGGGGGCCCAAGGGUACCGGUGGCUUUCGGUCACGGUGCACGGGCGGGACGCGCACACGGGGACGACACCGCUCAGCGCGCGGAAGGAUCCGCUGCUCGCGGCGUCGAAGAUGAUCGCUGCGUCGAAUGCGGUGGCGCAGAGACAUGGCGCGUUGGCGUCUACGGGGGUGAUCAAGACGCCGGCGAAUGCAUCCACGAACACGGUUGCGUCGCAGGUUGACUUCACCUUGGAUAUUCGUCAUCCGCAGGACAGUGUGGUUGAGGCCGUGCAGAGGGGGUGUCUCGAGGCGUUCGAUGAGAUCGCGACGCAGGAUGGUAAAGGCGUCUCGUUUGACUGGAAGCUGGACACGGAUUCAGCGGCCGUGCAGUUCGAUAGUGACUGCACCCGGGCGAUCCAGAAAGCUGCUGACGCGCUGGUCGGACCGCAGCAGUGGAUGAAUAUGGUCAGCGGUGCUGGACAUGAUAGCGUGUAUACGAGUCGGCAUUGUCCCACGGCGAUGAUCUUUGUGCCGUGUCGCGACGGAGUCAGUCAUCACCCGGAGGAGCAUUGUAGUCAGGAUGAUUGUGCUUUGGGAGCUCAGGCUCUGCUGGAGUCAGUGGUCAACUAUGACCAGUUGCGGGCCGAGAGAGAGUGA